CGGAUUCAGAGUUUAAAACAACCGCAUUGGCCCAUCAUCACAGUCGCCUUUGAAGAGGGCAGAACCUCCACCUGUCAUCCAAACAUGUUCAAAUCCAGACUGUCCACUGUUGCAGCCAUACCGUUGCAUCAAAUGACUGGCAAUGUUAUUUGCCUAGUUAGUUCUCCACUGGAAUGUGUACAAUGAAGAUUUUGGUAAUACGAAGAAAGCGCAGAUAUGUCGGUGCCUUUACUCAAGAUUGGAGUGGUGCUUAGCACGAUGGCUAUGAUCACUAACUGGAUGUCGCAGACAUUACCGUCCUUGGUGGGACUCAACACCACCAAGCUCUUGGUAGCUUCAGGAGGGAAAGCAGACCGGAGUACAGGCGUGAGUGACAGCUGAUUCAGGAACCAUUAGAAUCAUGUACCCUACUGAGGACAAAUUGCGCGUUUACAUUUGUGCCAAUAGCACGAAUAAAAAUUGUUUAACAAAUGUAUUAGUAUGCGUAUAAUUGAUCAUGUUGGUUGUUAAUUUAAAGAAAAAACCUGCUCUUGGUUGUUCAUCAAAAGAGAGGAAAAUUGAGUGUAGUGACUAUUGCCAAACGAGUAGGCCUAUCCAUGAACAUAUAAUCAACUGCGAAUAAUUAUGUUACUAUUCCUGUUAACCUUGUGUAGGCCAUACAACAACUUUCACAUAUUCUUUGCUAAAUGGAUGAGCUUGAUAUACUGUAAAUAAGUGUGGUAAUGUGGUCCAAUGAUGGACAAUAAUAACAAUUCUAAAACUGUGACUAAUGUAUUUUAAUAUAAAGAGCAACAUUAGGCUCCAUUAUAUAUACUAACAGCUAAUGUGGCAUAUUAUAUACAUAAUGGAUCUUAGCAUUAUACGCUGCAUGUCACUAAUUGCCAGGGUAUAUCUAGAGCCAUAUUUCUAUUCAUAUCUAUAUUGCUUUGGCUUCGUGUAGUGGUAAAACUUAAACCAAUCCACAUUUCAACCAGCCUCUGUAUCUAAUUAUUACUCUGAAGGCGUGUUGCUAAGUAGGCAAUGACUGUUUAAUUAAAUGACUCUACCUCAUGACUUUAUUGGAGGCUUGAAAAUGUAACGGCACAGAUUAAAUCAUGUUAAAACAUUACAAGUACUAGAUUAUGACUUUAAUAUUUUCACAAUCUAUCAAAAGCUAUUUGAGUAGAUUUACAAAGAUGUUUUCCUCAAUUUGAUGUUAUAUCCUUUUGCCAGCCCCUUUGUCUUCAGAGUGUGGACAGUCUGUUUGAUUGUUGAAGAUUAGGGGUGGAGCAUACUGCAAGGUUCAAAACUACAGAUGCCAUUUUGCGUAAUCAUACUCCAUCAUCUUGGAACAAGGUUAUGUAUAUCCCUGUGGUGAAAUGAUUCCGCUGCAAACUAGCACAAAUUCUCUGCAGAGAUCAUGAUUUUUGUUCAAACCUCCCAAAAUGUAAUUAUAUUUUUUGAUAAGCGAAUGUGUUUUAGAAAUUAGUAGUGAUGUGGUGCGACUAGUGAUGUGGUGUAUCUUAAACUACUGAGCUAGAGUGAGCCUUGCCAAGCCAAGCCAAACCGAGCUGGACUGUACUGGCCUGGUAAACCAUUCUCCACAGUUGCUGAAACGGUGCUGGAAAGGACAAUGUGAAGAAAAAGAACAUGUCAGAGCCAGUACAGUAUGGUGCUGCCAGCCAACCCGGAGGAGUCAUGGCAGGUGUACAGCUCAGCUCAGGACACAGAGGGCCGCUGUGUAUGCACCGUGGUGGCGCCUCAACAGACCAUGUGCUCGCGGGACGCCAGGACCAAACAGCUCCGGCAGCUGCUAGAAAAAGUCCAGAACAUGACCCAGUCUAUCCAGGUGCUGGACCAGCGGACCCAGAGAGACCUGCAAUACGUGGAGAGAAUGGAGGUCCAGCUGAAAGGUCUGGAGACCAAGUUUAAACAGGUGGAGGAGAACCACAAACAGAACAUUGCCAGGCAAUAUAAGGCAAUAAAAGCGAAAAUGGAGGAACUUAGACCAUUGAUACCAGUGUUGGAGGAGUACAAAGCUGAUGCAAAAUUGGUAUUGCAGUUUAAAGAGGAAAUCCAGAAUCUGACGUCUGUACUAAAUGAACUCCAGGAGGAGAUUGGAACCUAUGACUACGAGGAGCUACAAAACAGAGUGUCAAAUCUUGAAGAGAGGCUUCGUGCGUGCAUGCAAAAAUUAGCAUGUGGGAAGCUGACAGGAAUCAGCGAUCCAAUCACAAUUAAGACGUCUGGAUCAAGGUUUGGAUCCUGGAUGACUGACCCCCUGGCACCUGAGGAUGACACUAGGGUGUGGUACAUGGACGGCUACCACAACAACCGAUUUGUGCGGGAGUACAUGUCCAUCUACGACUUUAUGAAUUCCGACAACUUCACGUCUCACCGCCUCCCCCACCCGUGGUCGGGCACGGGUCAGGUGGUCUACAACGGCUCCAUCUACUUCAACAAGUUCCAGAGCCACACCAUCAUCAAGUUUGACUUCAAGACCUCCGUCAUCAGCAAGUCACGCCAGCUGGACUAUGCCGGCUACAACAACAUGUACCACUACUCCUGGGGAGGCCACUCGGACAUCGACCUCAUGGUGGACGAGGGCGGGCUCUGGGCCGUCUAUGCCACCAAUCAGAACGCGGGGAACAUUGUCAUCAGCAAACUGAACCCCAACACCCUGCAGAUCGUCAAGAGCUGGACCACCAAUCACCCCAAGAGGAGCGCAGGAGAGGCCUUCAUGAUCUGUGGUACGCUAUAUGUCACCAAUGGCUACUCCGGUGGGACCAAGGUGUACUAUGCCUUCAGCACCAACUCGUCCACCUACGAGUACAUUGACAUACCGUUCCAGAAUAAGUACUCUCACAUCUCCAUGCUGGACUAUAACCCUAAAGACAGAGCGCUGUAUGCGUGGAAUAAUGGUCACCAGGUGCUGUACAAUGUUACCUUGUUCCACGUCAUUCGCUCAGAGCAGGAGCAGUAGAUAGCUAGCCAUGCUGUGACCUUCUAAUUCUACGGCAGACCUGGGUUCAAAUACUAUUUGAUUACGUUCAAAUAUUUUUUAGCAUUUGCUUUAGCCUGCUUGGAGUGUAAGAUGGGCGGGGUUUGUAGUUUUGCAACAGUUACAUUGGUUCCAUUGCACCAGGCAAGCUCAAUCAACCUUGGCUAGAUCAACAGAAUUUGAACACAGGUCUGGUCCACAGAUUUUUCAAAGUAGGGGAGAUAUGUAACUCAAAUCAAAGUUUAUUGGAAAUGUACGCAGAUGUGCAGAUGUAAUCGCAGGCGCAGCGAAAUACUAAGUGCUUCUAGCUCAGGGUUUCCCAAACUAGGUCCUCAGGACCCUAAGGGUUACACAUUUUGGUUUUGCCCUAGCACUACAAAGCUGAUUCGAAUAAUCAACUAAUCAUCCGAUUUUAUCAUUUGAAUCAGCUGUGUAGUGUUAGGGCAAAAAACAAAACCUGCACUUCUUGGGGUCCAGAGGACUUGAGUUUGGGAAACGCUGUGUAACGCCAACAGUGUAGUAAUACUUAGCAAUAAAAUAAAUAAAUACACACAUAAUCCAGAAACAUUUAAAUACAUUAAGAAAUUAAGAAACAUGAGAACGAGCAAUGUCAGAGACCGGAAUAUAAAUAUAUAUACAUAUAAUGGUGUCUAAAGACAGUACGGGCAGUAUAUGAUUAGAAAAGGUGUGUACAGCAGUAGUUAUAUAGGAUGAGCCAUGACUAGAAUAUAGUAUAUACAUAUAAAGUGGGUAGAACAGUAUGUAAACAUUAUUAAAGUGACCAGUGUUUAAUGACUGUAUGUACAUAGGGGCUGUAUUCUCUAAGGUGCAGGGUAGAGUACUGUGGAAGUAGAGAAGUAUCCUGUAUGUUACUCAGUAACAAGAAAUAAAGUACAUCAUGAUAUAUAAUGUGUAGAAGGUAUAGAAACAGAAUGUAAGAACAGGUACCGAAAAGGUAAUGCCUCUCUUGAUUUAGAUGACUUCAAAAGUCUUAUAUUGAUUGUGUUUUUAUGGAAUUACCCACUCUUGACUUCUUUCAUCACAGAGGAAUAGUGCAGCCUAAUGUAUUGUAGUGUAGAAUUGAAUUACUCUAGAAGCUGAGAGGGAUAUGAAAUCCUGGGCCUUGUUUAUCAAACUAUAUUAAACCAAACUGUGGGACACAACACACAAUCAUGACCACUUUCCCCAGGUGGGUGCUACUCAUUGGUGGUGGCUGAGGUCACGUUUCCCCUAAACAUCUGGAAAAGCUCUAUAUAACAAUACAUUUCUGUAUUCGAGUGAAUUAAUUCAGUAAUUAUAAUUACUGGAUCAGAUAGUAAAGGUUGUCAAAUGGAGCAGCCAUUUUACCAUGUAACUCAAUACCUGCAUCUUUAAAGGUGGAGAGAGACUACUGUAGUGAUCAUCGUAACGCAGAGCCAGGUUUCUUUUUUUGUUGAAUUUUUACCCCUUUUUCUCCCCAAUUUUUCGUGGUAUCCAAUUGUUUUAGUAGCUACUAUCUUGUCUCAUCGCUACAACUCCCGUAAUGGCUCGGGAGAGACGAAGGUUGAAAGUCAUGCGUCCUCCGAUACACAACCCAACCAAGCCGCACUGCUUCUUAACACAGCGCGCAUCCAACCCCCAGAAGCCAGCCGCACCAAUGUGUCGGAGGAAACACUGUGCACCUGGCAACCUUGGAUAGCGUGCACUGCACCCGGCCCGCCGCAGGAGUCGCUGGUGCGCGAUGAGACAAGGAUAUCCCUACCGGCCAAGCCCUCCCUAACCCGGACGACGCUAGGCCAAUUGUGCGUUGCCCCACGGACCUCCCGGUCGCAGCCGGUUACGACAGAGCCUGGGCGCGAAUCCAGGGUCUCUGCUGGCGCUGCAGUACAGCGCCCUUAACCACUGCGCCACCCGGGAGGCGAGCCAUGUUUCUUAUUUAUAUUAACAUUAACCCAUAAUGGUAUCCCCAUGCGUUGGUAGCAAAAUAUCUAUUUGGAACAGGUGUAAUGACACCUCAUAACACACCUCAAAGUAUUCUGUCUUUCCUGCGCAAUACGUCCUCUCAGGAAACAACACAACACAACCACUCAUUUGCAUGGGAUCACCUGUAGGUACAUUGUAGGAUCUGAGUAUGAUUGAUAAAUGAGGCCCAAUGGACCACAGUGUAAAUAAUCUAGUCAAUGACAAUACCGUAUAUCUGGGAACACAGACUACAGACAGUUAAGGCAAAGACUGUUGGAAGCACCCUGUUUCAUUAAUGUUUCUUUGUGGUGUGUAUUUUCUCUUUUCUGUCUUCUUUUUGCAUGGGCAUUUUUACCAACCAAAAUGGUUCCCUUCUCUGGAUGUAUUUUGCAAUAUUAUGACGCUGUUGUACAGGAGACUAGUCUAGCAUUGCUAGGAGGCAGGCUUUUUACUUUCUUAUUGUCAUUGGGGUUGAUAUACAGAAUGUUAUUAUUGUUGGUAUUGAUAUUUACUGUGAUAGCCUGUCUUUGUAGAUUGUAUUGUAUUUGACGAGCUUGUAUAUUUCUGUCAGGCAAAAAAAAAAAAACGACACUGUAACGAUCACGAGAAUGUGCAAACAAUGUACCUAUGAGCCAGUGAAGUAUCCAUUGGCAAUUUUUUUUAUUUGACAUCACAAAUCUUCUGUCUGUUUCUUAGAGUGAUAAAUUGUGACAUAUUAUUCUGUUGAGCUUGCAUAUGUAUCUGCAACAACAUUCAUAUUAAUAAACAUGAGCUUUGUUCUACAA